UAACGCAUGCUAUCACUUUUCAUUUUUCAGUCCUUUAUAACCAUUCCCCCCUCCUCCCCCCGUUUCUCUCUCUCUCCCUCUCCCUCUCCCUCUCCCUCCCUUUCUAAAACCACAAAUAAGCGACACCUCAACAACUCCGUUCCGUUCGUCUCCCUCCUUCCGUUCCUCUCUUAUCCUUUCGAUCUUUUCUCUCAACUGCUCUGAAUUCAUCAAAUCGACGGUUUUCUGUUAUAAUCCAUCGAAUCGUACGGUGAAAAGAGAGUGAGAGAGAGGGAGUGAAAGAGAGGGAGAAUAUUUACGGAUUUGAUCCGGUGAGAUGGCAUCUGUGACAACGAAUCCAGUGACGAACACAAAUUCUGAUCGCAGCAAAAGGAAAAAGAAGAAGAAAUCAAUGAUCAAAGAGAAUCAACAGAGCCAAAACCAGAACCAUGCCAGAUGGAAAUCAGAGGCGCAGCAGCAAAUCUAUUCCUCGAAGCUUCUUCAAGCCCUGAGUCAGGUCAGUCUCAACGGUCCUUCUCCUUCGGCUCCGCGCGGUGGCCGAGCUGUCCGUGAAGCUGCUGACAGAGCCUUGGCCGUAGCUGCUAAAGGAAGGACCAGGUGGAGCCGGGCCAUUUUGACGAACCGGCUUAAGCUGAAAUUCAGAAAGCAGAAGAGACAGAGAGGAUCCGCCGCUGCGGUGGCCGCCGUCACCGGGAGUAGCCGGUCGAAGAAACCGAGAGUUAGCGUUUUGAAAUUGAAAUCCAAAAGUUUACCGGCUGUUCAAAGGAAAGUCAAGGUUCUUGGCCGGUUGGUUCCUGGUUGCAGGAAGCAACCGCUGCCGGUUAUUCUUGAAGAAGCAACUGAUUACAUAGCGGCGCUUGAGAUGCAGGUUCGAGCCAUGAGCGCUCUCGCCGAACUGCUAUCUGGCUCCGGAGCCUCCAGCUCUAGCUCAGCUCCUCCGCCUCAGUCCCCGCCGCUGCAGCCGCCGACUAGCCAGUGACACUUUUUAAUUCUCUUAAACGCCAAGUGUCCUCCUUUUUUUUUUCCCUAUUUUUCUUUUAUUUUUAAUUUUUAUUAUCUCUCCUGCCCUUCCCACUCUUCUCUCUUAAGUAAUCUUCUCCUGUUAAAUACAUGUCUUAUUUCUUUUCCUUCUCAGGUAAUUUCCAUCUCACAUUUUCAUUUCAUUCCAUAACUUUUGAAUCCAUCUCUUUUCAAGAAAAACAAAAAAAUCCGGCAUUUUUCCCUUAUUAUGUACACUACUAUUCCUCUGGAAAUAUAUUGCAAUAAGAAGAAGAUGUAAAUGCUUGAUUCUGUAUAAUUGUUGUUCAUUUAUUUCAGGCUUAAAAUCAGAGGUUUUAUUUAUUUAAUCUAAUUUUCUUUUUUGGCCUUUUAGUUUUCAAUUUUUUUGGGUUGGAUAAGGUGAAGAAGAAGUGUCCAAAUUAGGGUAGGUGACAAAUGCACUUGAUGCCUGACGGGGCUAACGCUAUUAGCUAACAGCUACUACUCCUGUACUGCAUCUUGGGAUGAUCUCCGAGAAAAGCGUCAAAAGGAAGAGUUUUGGUUCUUGAAUUGAAUGUGAAUAUCCAUGGAAAAUCCAACUGCAUGCACAGUCCAAAAGUUGGCGAUAGCGGCCAAAAUAUUAAUGAGAAAUCUGGCAGGUAUGCAUGUGGGUAAUUGUCCCCACAUCUUGUUUUUGCAAAGAGGGGAGUGCCCAGAAUUGGUGCACAUGUGAGAGAAGCUGCUGUAUGGCCUGAGCCACCCUUUUCUUUUCUGAAAUGGUGGACUGUAUUUUUGGGGGGGUUCAUCCAGCUGUGACCUGCCCUGCCCCGUCCUGCAACAGUUUUAAUUAAUUAACAUUUUGAUGAAUCGUGGGGAAAAAUGCCCAAUCCCCAGACACAGGUCCCCCUGGCUUUGGCUGGUCCGGGUCACUCUCGCCUGUUCCCCCCCGUAUAAAUCCCCCAGAACCACACGAGUGCCCUGCCCUGGCGGGUUUCGUCGCUAUCAAUAGGGAUUGGGAGGGAUGGGCAGAGAUCAUCACCGAGGGACAUCGUCCACACCCUUUGAUGAUUGGAUAGAAUGAUGCAAUUUCAGAAGGAGCAAAAGUGGUCAUAUUUCUAAGCUUGUUAUCCGAACUUAUAUCAAAUUCAAAUAUAUAAUACUUAUAUAAAAUAUAAUUGAGUUGGAUAUUCA